AUGACUGACGAGGAGGUCACUUACACAACUGUGAGAUUUCAUAAGUCUUCAGGUUUGCAGGACCCAGUGAGGCCUGAGGAGACUCAAAGGCCCAGAGAAGCUGACCACAGAGAGUAUUCAGUCCCCUGGAAGCUCAUUGUGAUAGUUCUCGGAAUCCUUUGUUCCCUUCUGCUGGUAACUGUGGCAGUGUUGGUGACACACAUUUUUCAGCAUGAACAAGAGAAACACGACCAGGAGAAAACUCUAGAUAACCUCUGUCAGGAGUACCAUGCCAUGAAAAGUGACAGAUCCUCAGUGGAAGAAAUGUUAAGAAAUAAGUCUUUGGAGUGUAAUGCUUGCAAAGAUAAUCGGCCCCCCCUCAACAGAGAACAGAACAUAUGCUACAGGGAAGCCAAGAUUGUUUUAGAAUGCUCACAGCUUCCAGGCAAACGAGUGGAAGGCCACUGGUUCUGCUCUGGCAUGAAGUGUUAUUAUUUCAUCAUGGACAAUAAUCAGUGGAGAGGAUGUGUACAGAUCUGCAAGGCUUUCACCUUAUCUCUUCUGAAGAUAGAUGAUGAGGAUGAAUUGCAAAGUUACGGUAGCAGCUUCCAUGGUAGAGCUUGUGACCUACCAAGUCAUAAACUUUGGAUUUCUACUACCACACCAACGUGUGGUAAACACGUGACAUUCCUCACAUGGGCUCAAGAAGGGCAAAUUUUUGUUGAAGACUUAUCCCUUUGUCAUCUCAUCCCUGUGGGGUUCUGUAGAUUCUUUCCAUGGUUCAUCUUCUCUGACAUAGAUUUUCAGUCUGUUAGCCUGAUUCAGUUUCACUGUGCUGUCCAUGUUUUGGCAGGAAUGAAGUCAGUAGGUUAUGGAGAAAAGUGUGCAUUUCUAACUUCAUUUCAUAUACAAGAUGAUUACUGUACUAGAGCCCAUGGCUGUUUAUGUGAAAAGAGACUACGUAAAUUCCCUAUUCCACUGAGCUGUGUCAAGAACAGAACUCAAUCUGCUCUGCAGAGUGAUGAAGUGGAAAGUUAA